AUGGUGGUACUACGACAUAAAUAUGCCCUGGCUGACUCCGAACCAUCAAGACAAUCAACUUCUCAGUCUGCACACAAAGAAGAGGUCAAGGAAUGGCAAGAUGCAUGGGACGAGGGAGAUAAGAUGGAAACUCGGAUUCAAGGAAUUGACCAACAUGAUGCAUUUUGGGAGAAACUUAAGGUGGCUGCCGAAAUGAAGGUACUUUUGCUUUUAUCUUAUUAA